UGGGGGUGCGCGGAGGAUUCUCUCACGGAAGCAUCGGGCACCGGGUACUUGGUGGGACCGGGUAUGUCCAGCUAUGCUGGCUUCUAUCCGCAGCUGCGCUACCAGGUGGGGAACACCUAUGGGCGCACCACCGCCCAGCUGCUCACAGACCCCAGUGUGCAGAAGAGCCCCUGCUCUGUGCUGUCACCCAUAUCCAAGCCCAAGUUCAUCGAGGACUUUAGCAAGUCCAAGCCACCUUUGAUGCCCUGCAGAGACCUGAUGGAACCCUACAUCCCCCACUACUCGGGUAGGAAAGGGGACUCCAGCGAGUUCGGACACUCGGGCCUGCGGCUGGCAUGCGGGGAGGAGGGCUGGAAGAGCACCACCCCUGUCCACGAGGGCCCUGGGCAGUACCAGCUGCACCACUGCAGGAGGGACAAGCACCCACCCACAGCGCACCAGCAGGAGACACUAGAUGCAGGCAGGUUCCACAGGCUGCCCCAGCUGGACCACCCCAACAUGAUCCAACGCAAUGCCAUCUCAGGGUAUGCUGGCUUCAUCCCCCAGUUUGCCUGGAUGAUGGGGCUGAAUUACCGUGCCGGGGUCACACAGGCUAUGGAUGAGUUUGAUAAGAAUCAGUUCCUGUUUAGAAACCCCGUCUGUGCCCAAGGAGAGAGGCUCCCCAGAACAUACUGGCCCACCACCACCAUCUACAACAGCCAAGGCCUGAUACCUUUCUACAUGGGGUUCGUACCAUGUGAGUGCAGUGACCAGGCCACUAUGCAGAGGGGUCGGGUGGCUGGGGCUCCUACCCAUGCAUGCUGCCCCACUGUUCCUGGGGGCCCCUCAAGGUAGCAUGGCCCAAGACCCCCUCUUCCCCAGUGUGGAAGGGGCCAAGGACCCCUUAAACCAAAGCUGCCUCCGCUCGGCAGGCCCUCUGGAGGUUUAGUGCAAUAGGCGAGGCUUGCCUUCGGAGGCAGGUGCCCAGGGCAGUCCCCAGCUCCUCAAAGCCUGUGCCCAGCAUCCACUGCGCAUGGCAGGGCCAGCAGCUCAGCUGUAGCGCUGCCC